AUGGGUGGCCAAAAAACUGCUAUUCUGUCCGUCUACGACAAGACAGGUCUGCUCGACCUGGCUAAGGGUCUUCAUGAGGCCAACGUCCGGCUGCUCGCCUCUGGCGGCACGGCCAAGAUGAUCCGCCAGGCCAAUUUCCCCGUCGAAGAUGUCUCUGCCAUUACCAAGGCACCUGAGAUGCUCGGUGGACGCGUCAAGACGCUUCACCCUGCUGUCCACGGCGGCAUUCUCGCACGCAACCUCGACUCGGACGACUCGGACCUCUCGGCAAACAGCAUCGACAAGAUCGACUUCGUCGUCUGUAACCUAUACCCCUUCUCCGAGACCGUCGCCAGGAUCAACGUCACCAUCCCCGAGGCUGUUGAGGAGAUUGACAUCGGCGGUGUCACUCUUCUGCGAGCUGCGGCCAAGAACCACGCGCGCGUCACUAUCAUCAGUGACCCCAACGACUACCACGACCUCCUUACCGAGCUCAAGGCAAACAAUGGCGAGGUUUCUGAGAAGAGCAGGCAGCGAUACGCUCUCAAGGCUUUCGAGCAGACGUCCGCAUACGACAGUGCCAUCUCUGAGUUUUUCCGAAAGAAGUACGCUGGCGAGGGCGACCAGUUCCUUCCUCUGCGAUACGGCGCCAACCCCCACCAGAAGCCUGCGACGGUCUCCAUGCCUGACAAGCCUCUGCCCUUCAAGGUUCUUUGUGGAUCACCAGGAUACAUCAACUUGCUAGAUGCAUUGAAUGCAUGGCCCUUAGUCCAGGAGCUGAGCAAAGCGCUGAACUACCCAGCCGCUGCCAGCUUCAAGCAUGUGUCUCCCGCCGGUGCCGCUAUUGGUGUUCCCCUCAGCGCGGAGGAGAGGCUGGUCUACAUGGUCGACGACAUCGAGGGUAUCGAGAAGUCUGGUCUCGCCCAGGCUUAUGCUAGGGCUCGUGGCGCCGACAGGAUGUCCAGUUUUGGUGACAUGAUUGCCCUGUCCCACGAGGUCGACCUGCCAACUGCAAAGAUCAUCAGCCGAGAGGUUUCUGACGGUGUCAUCGCGCCCGGCUACACCACGGAGGCUCUGGAAAUCCUCAAGAAAAAGAAGGCUGGCAAGUACCUCGUCCUUCAGAUGGACAACGACUAUGUUCCAUCCGCCGAGGAGACAAGGACGGUCUACGGCAUCACUCUUAAGCAGCACCGCAACGAUGCCAAGAUUGCGCCUGCGGACAAUUUCAACACCGUCAUUGUCCCCAAGGGUACCGGCCCUCUGCCCGAGUCUGCGCAGCGUGAUCUGACGGUGGCUACCAUUGCGCUCAAGUACACACAGUCUAACAGUGUCUGCUACGCGCUCAACGGUCAGGUUGUUGGUCUUGGUGCCGGUCAGCAGUCCCGCAUCCACUGCACACGUCUAGCAGGCGACAAGGCUGACAACUGGUGGAUGCGCUUCCACGAACGUACCCUCAACCUGAAGUUCAAGAAGGGCACCAAGCGUCCCUCCAAGUCUAACGCCAUUGAUCUCCUCUGCUCCGGUCUCGUCCCCGAUGCUGGCAUUGAGUACGAUGACUUCGCUGCAAAUUUUGAGGAAGGCCAGGUCCCUAAGUCGUUCACCCCAGAGGAGCGCAAGGAGUGGUUGUCGAAGCUCCAGGGCGUUGCGCUGUCCUCGGACGCUUUCUUCCCCUUUAUCGACAAUGUCUUCAGGGCGCACAGGAGUGGUGCCAAGUACAUCGCUGCACCAACAGGAAGCCAAAAUGACGGCGCCGUCUUUGAGACCGCCGAGAAGCUGGGUAUCACGUUCGUCGAGCAGCACAUCAGACUGUUCCACCACUAA